UCACUUCACAAAGUAUAGUGUAUGCUCCACAUAGAGAUAUCCAGUAUCGACGAGCGCGAGAGCCAGAAAAUAAUGCGAUUAUAUAGACAUCUUUCAAUAUAGAGUCUUUGUUGUGAGAGCUAGAGCUGUCAUCUAUCUGAAUAUCUUUCCUGAUUUGAUCUGAAGAUUUCUACUUACUGGUAUAAUCCAAGAUGACAAGUAGUAGCCAUAGCAGUGAUUCUCAGCGAUCUGGAAUAGCAUCCACCCAGGUCAGUUUUGUGUGUCAGAAAUGUUGCCAACCUUUAAAGCUAGACCAGUCAUUCAGCUCAGUGGAUAGUCAAACACUCACUGAUCUCACAGCUCCUCUUAUUGCUGGUACAGGGAGUUCCGGGAAGGCCACGCCCCUUCUCCAGAGUACAGAUAGCAGUGAACCAUUUGAAAUCAACAAAGAUGAUGGGGUAUCUCGAAAGGUGGUAUCACCAAGGUUAUCAUCACAUGACAGUGGUCAAGAUUUCACACUCCUUGGGGAAACAGCCAGCAGUAGAAUGGAAAGUCUUAGCCACAGAGUCAAGGUAGCAAGUCAGUUAUUUGAUGUGAUGUCAGGGCAGUCAGAUAUUGAUCAUCCAUUGUGUGAGGAGUGUACAGAUUCUUUGUUGGAUCAGCUAGAUCAGCAGUUGAAGAUCACGGAGGAUGAAUGCAAGCAUUACAGGGAAUCAUUGGAGAAACUUACUGAAGCAGAAGGCCAUGGGGAGAGCAAUGAAGAUCUAGAAAAAGAACUCCUAAAGCUUGAAGAAGAAGAAAAGGAGAUGAUAAAACAACUUGAAGGCAUUGAACAAGAGAGAAGAGAUAUCCAAGAGGAGAUGAAGAAACAACAGAAUGAACAACAAGAAUUGAAGCUAGAAGAAGAAAGGUACUGGCAGGAUUAUAAUGAGUAUAAGCGUCAACUACUGGAGUUCCAGGAAGAGCAAAGAAGUGUAGAUAAUCAACUGAGAUAUACACAAACACAACUAGAGAGACUCAAUAAAACAAAUGUCUUCAACUCAACAUUCCAUAUAUGGCACAAUGGUCACUUUGGUACAAUCAAUGGAUUCCGGUUAGGUCGCCUUCCAAGUGUUCCUGUUGAAUGGAGUGAGAUCAAUGCAGCUUGGGGUCAAACGGUCCUCCUACUUCAUUCACUUGCAAGAAAGAUGAACUUCACAUUCCAGAGAUAUCGUCUUGUUCCCUAUGGCAAUCAUUCACACCUGGAAUCUCUGACAGAUAAAUCUAAACAGCUCCCUCUACAUGGCUCAGGAGGAUUCAGAUUCUUCUGGGAUACAAAAUUUGACCAAUCAAUGGUUGCAUUCCUGGAUUGUUUACAACAGCUAGAGGAGGAAGUAGAGAGAGGAGAUUCUAGCUUCUGUUUGCCCUACAAGAUGGCUAACGGCAAAUUAGAAGACACCAAUACUGGACAGACAUAUUCUAUCAAAAUCCAAUUCAACUCUGAAGAACAGUGGACCAAAGCCUUGAAGUUCAUGCUGACAAAUCUGAAGUGGGCCCUCGCCUGGGUGUCAUCACAGUUUACCAAAUGAUGCUAGACUUCUAUCAUUUUGCUUUGUUAAUUCCAGAGAUGUCAACCCUAAGGCCCGUAUUCUGAUGUCGGGUUUAAUUAAAACUCUGGUUUAAAGUUGUGGUUUAACUAUGGAUAGCUAAUUGUGAAACAAAUCUCUAAUGGUACAGGUUCAAUUUAUCAGCUCAUCUUUUACUCAGAUAAUUCAUAACUGUCUGGGAAAAGUAACAAAAUUUGUUUUCUUCAUCAUUAUAGUAUAGUGAAAGGGUACUGGAAACAAGAAAAAUACAAUGUAAACAAAAUGAUGACAUUAUUUGGCUUCCCACAAUGUUAGCAGAGUUAGACCAUGGUGCAAGUUAAACCUGGUGGCCGUUUCAUAAAGCUGUUCAUAAGGGUGACUUUAAGAACGACUAGUGAUCCUUUCUUGUGGUAAAUGAUAUUCACCAUAGUUCAUUGGUGAUUAUUUAGCACGUAAGAAAGGUUCACCAGUCGUUCUUAAAAUCAUUCUUAACUUACGAACAGCUUUAUGAAACACCAACCUGACUUCAGAAUACAGGCCCUGUUCAAGUUUUUUUGUAACAGAAACCUUUGUGAAAGCAGAAGACAUACAGCUAGAUUAAUAAGAGAAAUGCAUAUUCACAGGAGUCUUUGCACUGGUUCUUUCCUGUGCCGUUGCAUUUACUCUUCAUAACCUAGUGACAUCAAAGUUAUAAAGAAUGCGCCAAUUGGUGAAUUUGACUCGAGUUGAUUUUUUUCAUUCUGCUCCCCUUCCUCUAUAAUUGUCACUAUCUGUAUUUUGUAUUGCUUUCUUUCUACAUGUACCUUUCCUUUGCUAUGAUAUGACCUUGCCAUUAAAUUAUAUUUAUGUAUAUCAAAAUUAUGAGUAUAAUAUUGCUUUUCAAUGAGAUAUUAUAGAGAUUUCAAGGUUUCAAGCCUUGAUAUACACUGCACUGAUAAAGAUUAUUGCCAACUUAGAUUAAGGAAAAGUUUUUUUAUCAACAACUUAUGGAAUCGUGUAAACACACACAUAAAUUUCUAUAUCGAUGAUUCAUUUGAACUUCAGGUGUAUUUUUUUCACACAGAGGGCAAUAUAUUUAGUGUUAUAUUAGAUGGUUUUUAUGUUACAGUCAUUGCUAGACGAAUUGACUUCAACAUUCAUUUAGAUUGGUGUAUCCAUGGCAGUCAUGUGGUGUCAUUGUAACAUCACAAACGUAGUCUAAAAUUAAUUGUACUGUUAAUGAUGUAAACGGAUUGAUUCUUCUUUUUAUGAUAGUCAGUCUUUGGUCUUGCAAACCGGCAAAUGGCUAAAACUGGAUAAAAAUAUAACAUUUUCACUUAAAUGCAAACAGGUACAUGAAUUUGGUAUGCAUGAACCUCAUUCUGUAGAAAGAAAUUAUUACGUCUUUUUAUGUGAGAGCAUGGCUAUACAAUUCAAAGUACAUGUACUGUUAUAAUCUUGCUGUAACUAAAAACCAACUUUAAAUUAGGGUGGACUUAUCCAUGAAUACAAGUUCCUUUUUGUUUUGUUAACCAUAUUUGGGGAUGGGUAGUGUUGUUUAUUGUAAAUUAUUGAAAAACACUAUGGAAUAAAAGAUGCAAUACAAUUAUCGAAA